AUGGCAAAACGGCAACUGGCAAAGUUCUCGAACGAGAUUGACAUCAUAACGACAGAAUUCGAGUCUCUCGGCGGAGUUGAGUACAUCUACAAAAGUGAACCAAGAGCAAUAGAGGUAGCGAAAGUGGGAACGAAGAUGAAGAGGAGGGUGGACGACAUCAUGAUAGAAUAUGAAGAUAAGAUUGAUGAGUGCCAGAUGAUGAUUUGCAACACAUCAUUAGCAAUGCAAACGGUUUGGAACCAUAUUGCAAGACAAGACUCAAAGACCAACACCAAAAUGUCAAAAGCAAAUGCUGCCGUUGCAGUGCAAACAAAGGUUGAAAGCGCUCAGAUGAGGACGAUCGCGCUUCUUACCAUGAUAUACCUCCCUCUAUCCAGUGUCGCAGCCAUAUUUUCUAUGGAUAUGUUCAACUGGGAGGCAGUUGAAGGUCAGUCCAUAGUAUCGAAGCACAUAUGGCUAUUCGCAGUCCUUGCUGUUGGUCUCACAUUACUCACCAUUGCUGCUUGGUUCUUGGGGACGCGGCGAGAGAAGGCCAUGGCGGAUAAGUCGGACAACUACUUCAACUCGCCACAAAGACAUGACACAUUCGAGUAUGUUUAA